CAGGGCUGCGACCUAGACGUGCGGCAAUUUCAGGUUCUCCGGCGCCGCGGUGGUCGUCGCCGGCCCGAGUCAGAGGCCGACUGAGACAUUUCGGCGCCUCAGAUUUGUUGACCUACAGAAUGCUUCGAUACCCAUAUUUUUCUAGAAUCUAUAAAGAAUUUCUUUCAUGCUGGUUGGAAUCUCGCAUAUUUAGUUUAGGUGUCUGGCCAAAAAAAAUACAUGCUACAGCAGAAAGAUAUAAUGACUAUGAAGCCCAGGAGCAAACAGAUCAAACUGGAGCUCAGGAGUUACACAAAUCUCAAGACAGAAAUCCUGAAGCCAUGACUCAAUUACAUGUUCCAGUAAUGGUGGAUGAAGUUGUUCGUUGUUUGGCACCACAAAAAGGACAGAUUUUUCUAGAUAUGACGUUUGGGUCAGGAGGACACACAAGAGCCAUUCUACAGAAGGAGUCAAAUAUUACUUUGUAUGCUUUAGACAGAGACCCAACAGCUUAUGCACUAGCUGAACAGCUUGCAGAAUUGUAUCCUAAACAGAUUCGAGCCAUGCUGGGCCAAUUCAGCCAGGCAGAAGACUUAUUAAUGAAAGCUGGAGUGGAGCCAGGGACUUUGGAUGGAGUUCUUUUGGAUCUUGGGUGUUCUUCCAUGCAACUUGAUGCUCCUGAAAGAGGUUUUUCCCUUCGGAAGGACGGCCCCUUGGACAUGAGAAUGGAUGGUGGCAGGUACCCUGACAUGCCCACCGCAGCUGAUGUUGUGAACGCUCUAGAUCAACAGGCACUUGCAUCUAUCCUGAGAACAUACGGGGAGGAGAAGCAUGCCAAGAAAAUCGCUUCAGCAAUCGUUCAGGCACGCAGCAUCUACCCCAUCACCAGAACCCAGCAGCUUGCCAGCAUCGUCGCAGGUGCAUUUCCUGCCUCUGCUAUUUAUGCACGAAAAGACUUGCUGCAACGAUCUACCCAUAUUGCUACCAAGACCUUCCAAGCUUUUCGAAUAUUUGUGAACAAUGAGCUCAAUGAACUUGACACAGGAUUGAAGACAGCUCAGAAGUUUCUGAGACCUGGUGGUCGUCUUGUUGCCCUCUCCUUCCAUUCACUAGAGGAUCGCAUCGUCAAACGAUUCUUGCUUGGGAUAAGCAUGGCAGAAAGAUUUAACCUAAGUGCUAGACAGAAGGUGAUACAAUCAUUGCAAUUGGGUUCAGGUCAAACAAACAAGGAAGGAGUCUCCAUGGGAAGGGCCCCUUUAAUGUGGGAAUUGAUACACAAGAAGGUGCUUACUCCAGAAGAUCAGGAUGUUCAGAAUAACCCCAGAGGGCGCUCAGCCAAGCUUAGAGCAGCUAUCAAGUUAUGAGAAAGAAAGUUGUCAUCAUCUGAUCUUUCAAGUUUUCCAUCGCAGUUUCUCUUAAUUUUUUUCAUGUGAUAUUCCUGCACAGCUUAAUAUAAGAAAGUGUGGGAUAUGUAUAGAUCUGUACUAUAUAUGUGUGGAAAUUGAGGCUACUUAGCUUUUUUUUUGUCAAAAAGAAAAUGUUGGAAAUAUUAGCAUGACACAGGAAGUUCAACUCAAGGAGCAGCAGCAUCUUAAAACUGGAGAAAUGUGUUUAUCUUAGCAUUAUAUUUGACUUUUGAAAUACAGUCCUUUCUCUAACAAGGAAAUUUUUUU